AUGGUCUUCAAUAGAUACGGAAAAUUUAUAUUUUCCAAACAGAGAAGUAUUUUAGAUCUAGCAAACAGCUGUGGUGAUGGCGUUCAAGUCAACGAAGAAGAAAUUUUAGAAGGUUAUCAACUAUAUAUAGUCGAGCAAUGGGCUUGUGACAUAAUACAAAGACCUUAUAAUACAGUCAUUGUUUUUACCGGAGAUCCGACGCAUCAAGUCAAAGCAUGCGUUAUAAACAUUGAAGAUAAGAUCGAUCCUUAUCCGGCACAGUUAACAAACCUGUUUAAUACUUUAGAACAAGAUAACGUGAAUAGAAUUGAAUCCGACCGAGGGACUAUUUUUGUCACGAACUUAAGCACAUUUCCCUCAUCACUGAAUAUUAUUUUAGUUCCUGAUGGAGAUUAUGAGGCCAUUAAACUUGAUUUCUUUUUAAAUCUAAAUUUAAGAAAGAUAGGAUGUAGCGGUAGAAGCGCCUUAUCACUUAAGCCUCCAACAGAUACGCAAAAGGACAAGUUUCUUCAAACAUAUACAAUUUCGGAUCAGAUACCUUUUACUUAUGCCGUCCUGGAAUUGGUAAAAUUGGUUCAGAUUUCCUUAUAUAUAUUUGGACUUUUCCCGCUCGAAUACACAGAUGGCUUGUUAUUUGACUCGACAGAAAUGGCUUUAAAAGACUUUAGAAAUAUAUAUUGUCCUGAAUUAGAAAUAAGAGAUAAUUUAUUGGAUCCAACUUUAGUUGCUAAUAUUCUUAGGAAGGUUGUUAGUAUAAGGAAUAAGCUUAAUUAUCUCGGAUAUCAGGUUGGAAAGGAUCCAUUUUCUGAUACCGAUUUAUUUCUUAAUGGAGUCACAUCAUUUCAAAAAAAUGCAAAAAAUAUCGAAUGUACGCGUAAUUUGAAUCCUGUUACUAUAAAAAAAAUUUAUGAAGCUCAUAAUCGUUCUCGCAACUCUGAUGCGAUAAAAGUUCAUAAGGUCUUACUAUCAAAAUUUGAUGAUAUGUCCAAAAGUACAGGAUCCUCAAGUACGACAAUUGAUAUUGAGACGUGCAAUUUAGAGGAGUUUGGAAAAUAUGUUAAUAUUGAAAGGCUAAAAUAUUUGUGGAGAGGCAAAGGAGCUCCACCAGAACACUUCUUAGAAACAUAUUGGUUGUUUCAUGGUAGUAAAGAUUUCGGUAUAGAACUUGGUAAAAGUUUUUUACGAGGAGUUUCUGGAAGGACGGCAAAAACAGGAGAAGUUAUAAGAGAUGGCGUUGGCAUGAUUCUUGGAUUUAAAGAUGGUGUUACUGGUUCAUUUUCGAAUCUUGUGGAUAAACGGAUCUCAAAAGACAGAGAAAAGAUCACAUGUAGCCCUAUUAAAUCAUUAUCAUUACCACCAGGCUUUGUCGUGCAGGAUCAAACUUCUUCAUCAAACGAAAUUGACGCACUUUACGAUCAGGCUAAAUUAGCAGUAAGGUCAAGCGAACCGCAUAUAGAAUCAGACUGGACUGAUAACGAAAAUUCACAAAAUGGUACCGAGACUUAUAGUUCCAUUUUGUUUGACCAUUGUUCUGAAACUGAAUUGUCAGAAAGGAAUGAAAUCAAUGAAGCAAGACCAAUACCAAGGAGAAGUAAUUCAUUGAGCACUUUUGACUUUAUUAACGAAACGAUGACUGCUCAAGACCUGCCAAUGAAUGCACUUAGUAGACACAAUUCGUUCACUAACAUUGAAUUGGCGCGAAAACAAGCUGACGGAAUAUUGCCUAGUCUCAAACGUAGGGAGGCAUCUUUGAAAAGCUUGGUGAAACGCAUGGAGCUUACUGUAAAAGAAUAUGACAAACGUAUUGAAGAAUUAACUAAAUCUUACGAAGAAAGAAAUCAGGAUUUUAAAUUUACAGAAACUGGAGGAAUGGAGGUUUUGGCUAAACAAAAAAUAGUGUCCAAAGCAAUUACCCAAAUUGAUACCAAUAGUGCAAAAUUAAAUUAUGAGUUAGGUGUAUUAGAGGAUAAACUAAAGGAGAUCGAAGAAUUUGUUGAUACAUUUUGUUUAAAAUGUACACCCCAGACAAUACCAGAAGAAAUAAUGAUUGAAGUAAUUAAAGUUAUUUUAGCUGCUUGA